UUCGUUGGUUUUUGAAGCAGAAAGGCAGAGACGGCGUUCAAUUCAAUAGCCUUUGCAUUCGUUGUUGGUACUCUCUGUGUGUGUUUUCAAUCAGGCGAGCGGCGCGCGAACCAACCUCAUAUAUUUUCCGCAUUGAUACGAUACCAACAAAACACGGCGAUACGAUACAAUAAAGGCGGCGUAUGCAGCGCUGUUUGUUUAUUUUUUACAAGCUAAAAACAAACGACAAAACAAAUCAGCUAGACGCCCGCGUUAGCUGCAAGAACAACAACAAAAAAGAAACUGAGAAAAACACGCGUUUCGCGUACCGUGCGUUGUGAAUUUUGAAAAUUCGAAUUAGCGUGUGUCGUACACUAUCGUACAUACAUACACACAUACACACACGAUACGGUACAUACGUGCAAUAAUCAAUACAAUACAUCGUACAACAAACUGCGUAGAACAGUAUUAAAACUGGCUUAAGACAUUUGCGUUGGUGUGGUGUGCGGUGCGUUAAUACAUACAUAUACAUAUAUAUGUAUAUAUAAAUAUAGAAUUGUGCAAAAAGUUACUAUUUAGUAGUGGCAGUGGAAAAUCGCAUAAAACGGUGAACUCAGUACAGCAAAUUCGCCAUUAAAACCAUUCGGACUUGAUCCGAUAUCUCACAGUUAUGGAACACUUUCAUCAAAUACAGCAAACACUUCAACAAUAUCAGCAGCAACUGGCUGCUCAGCAACAACAACAAGUACAACAGCAACAGUUGCAACAGCACCAAGUGGUGGUGCAGCAGAAUCAGCAGCAGGCGCAUCAGAACAGCUCGAACACCACGGCGGGCACCCAGCAGCUGUUCACAUACAAAAUGGCCAGCAGUUUCCCCAAUCCGGCCACGACAAUGGCCCAGGUGGUGGCCACAUCUAACGCCGCCGGCACCACAGGCUACGAUUAUCGCCUAAAUAUGGCCCAGGCAGCGGCAGCGGCCGCCGUUCCCGCCUCACAGUGGUGGUACUCGGCCGCCAAUCAGGGCCAAGUCGAUGCCAAUACGGCGGCGCAACUGCAGCACCAGCAGCAACAUCAGCAGCAGCAACAGCAGCAGCAGCAGCAACAGCACCAGCAGCAACAACAGAUGCAACAGCAGCAACAGCAACAGAAUGUCAUCAACUCGGCUGGGAGCCCAAUGAUCCGAGGCAAGGCAGAUGCCAAGCCCAGAGGCCGAAUGACCGCCUACGCAUACUUUGUACAAACUUGCAGAGAGGAGCACAAAAAGAAGCACCCCGAUGAGACGGUGAUAUUCGCAGAGUUCUCACGGAAGUGCGCCGAAAGGUGGAAGACAAUGGUGGACAAGGAGAAGAAGCGUUUCCAUGAGAUGGCCGAGAAGGACAAGCAGCGAUAUGAGGCCGAAAUGCAAAACUAUGUGCCGCCCAAGGGAGCGGUGGUGGGUCGCGGCAAGAAGAGGAAACAGAUCAAGGACCCCAAUGCCCCAAAACGUUCAUUAUCUGCGUUCUUCUGGUUUUGCAACGAUGAAAGAAAUAAGGUGAAGGCUCUCAAUCCCGAGUUCGGAGUCGGCGAUAUUGCCAAGGAGCUGGGACGAAAGUGGUCGGAUGUGGAUCCCGAGGUCAAGCAGAAGUACGAGUCGAUGGCAGAGCGAGACAAGGCUCGAUAUGAACGGGAAAUGACCGAGUACAAGACGAGCGGGAAGAUAGCCAUGUCCGCACCGUCGAUGCAGGCGUCCAUGCAGGCGCAGGCACAGAAAGCCGCGUUACUUGCCGCCGCUGCCCAGCAGCAACACCAGCAGCUGGAAGAGCAGCACGACGACGACGAUGGCGAUGGAGAUGAUGACGAAAACCAAUAGGUUUAGCAGUAAAUACUCUUCACUAUUAAUACACACGGUCGUUGUCACGAUGGAGGAAAAGAAAUGAAACAUGAUAGCGUUGGUCGAUCUAUUAUCAGGUUGGCCGAUGUGUGUUGAAUAUAUAUUUAUAUAUAUAAGGGUGUUCCGUUUUAGAGGUUCCGCUCUCCGGCAACAAAUAGUUUUCACAGAUUUAAUUAGAUUUAUAAGCAUUCGUGUUUUGAUUAAAUGGACUAUCAAUCAUGGUGAAAUGGUUUGAGGUUUUUUAAGAAGCAGUAAGGACCCGAAAAUGUAUUUUUUUUUUUCGCAUAAAACUCGUGUGGAUCUCGAGAGGACUUCUUUUUAUCCGGGAUAAAGGGAUUGUUUUUCAAGUCUCUCGGAGAUAUUUUUCCAAGUCCGGCUAAAAAUCCAAGUAUCCGCGAAAUCUCUUGAACUUUCAGAAGAGUAGUAGGCUAUGAAAACAUUGUUCCUAAUUUUUUAAGAAAAUGUAUUCCGAAACAGCAUGAAAUUUCCAGAGAUUAUGUGUAACUUGUCGAUUUUUCAGGCGAUUCGUUGAAGACGAAAUCUCUACAGACUUCUGUGAUUGGAAAAACCAAAGCACAAAUUGUUCUAUUUUUUUGUGUGGAUUUGAGCGUUAUCGGGGAAUGGAACCUCUAAAAAACAUCUAUUAUAUAUAUGUAAAUGCAUAUAUAUAAAUAAUAUAUAAUUUUUUUUUUUAACAUAAGUAAUCAAAUUUCCAUGAAUUAUGAAGAUAAAUCACAAAGAAACCUUUUAUAAGUUUUACGUUAAGAUGAAUACGAUUAAGUAUGGUUAGAUUAAAAUGACAUCCAUCUGUCUGCGAACCUUAUUUGUGCUUCAGUACUAAGUUUCUCCUAAAGUAAUAAGAAGAAUUAUUUUAUAAAUUGAAGAAAUUCCUCAUGAUGUCAUUUCGUUCUCAGCAAAUGAAGGUUACCAUUACAUUUAUAAAUAUUGGUACAUAUUUCCCAUUUAUUAAAGUUAGAUCCACCAUAAUGAAAAUACAAUUAAUGCGUUCGAGUUUAUAUGUCCCCAGCAAAAAGCAAACAACACAAUGAAACGUGAUAAUGUCAAAUACUUAACUCAGUGGCGGGUGAUAUCUCGAUCUAUUUGCUUUUGCCUCUCGAAAAUCAAUAUUCGAUUCGAUUCCAGUUCAUUUCAGUUUUCAGUUUUUUUUUUAAGAUUUCAUUUACGGAUCUUCUACAGUAACGAUCCCUGGACAAAUUUGGGUUUGUGUUCAUUUGUAAAUAUAUACAUCAAUAAUAAUAGCCACGAUCAUAAGAUAAUGAAAGUUGAUAUUAGGUUGUUCAGCGUUGUGUGGAGAUGAAUAACCAAAACGAUAUCGGACAUUGCAACAAUUGUUGACUUGGCCAUUGUAAAUACUAUUUGAAGUAUUAUUUAGAUGAGACUACGUAGAAAUUAAAGAGAAUCGAGAGCAAAUUAAAAAAUACAAGCAUAAUAAUAGAGUAGACUUCGGUGGGACUGCAGAGUAAUGUAAAUUACGUAGAAAGUUUAUAAGGGCGAAGUGAAAACUAGUUUUUACCUCGGCCCCAAAACCCGAAAUGUUCCAGGCACAGAAAACGUGCUUAAGCGGAUAUAAAGAGAAACGUGCUUCUGUCCAAAAAAAAAAAAAAGAAGAAAUUGUUUGCUAAUAUCAACAUCUUCAAAGAUCGGUUGGAAGCAUGUUCUUCUUUAUAUAGCGCCUGUAAGCCAAGUAGCGGUAGGUUAUAACGUGAUAAGAGAGGAGCAGAAACUAUGACUAUAUGGAUGCGACGACGGCCAGUUAACCGAGAGACGUAUAUAGGAUGUACCCCUAACUUCGCUCUCCCCACGUUAUGAGUGCAACAUAUGUAUAUGUAUGUAUUUAUAUAUUUUUAGCAUGAUUUUGAUAGAGAAUAAACUCGCCACCGAGAUUAUAUUCAUAGAAGUGUCUAGGUUAAACCAUUAAAUCCUAAUUUUCUACAAAUUUUGACGGUAACAACACCAACCCCUCAAACAUAAUAAAUUACUAUGAAAAAUUCCAGUUCCCUGUGCGCUUGUUAUAAGAACUAAACUAUUAUAAAAUAAACUUUUAGAAAUGAGAUCUUUUUUUUUUUUUGUUCAGAUGGAUUUUGAUGUGUUUUUCGAAUUUGUCUAUAUUAUUCUUUUUGAGUAAUACUUGGUACAUUUAUGUUAAAUCCCCAUAAACAGCUUUAGCUUUUAUAUUUUAUAGACGAGGACGACGAUGACGACAACACUCGGAAGAAGAAACUCUGACCCCGAGUUCCUAAACUUAAAAUGUGUGAAUUACUUUAGCAAUACUAUAGUAGCCACUAAGAAUUUGUUUUUUUUUUUCCUAAGAACUUACACAAUACUGUAAAAAUAGUUUGAAAUAAAUUAAAUUUAGCUAGAUGUACGCUUGUAAAGGCAAA